UGCCGGCAGCGACCUGGCUGGGAUCUGGCUGUCCUCCUGCUCGGCAUGAAGCGACCCCGGGAGCCGAGCGGCUCGGACAGCGAGUCUGACGGACCCAUCGACGUGGGCCGCGAGGGGGAGCUGAGCCAGAUGGCCAGGCCGCUGUCCACCCCCAGCCCCUCUCAGAUGCAAGCCCGGAAGAAACGCCGAGGGAUCAUCGAGAAGCGUCGCCGAGACCGCAUCAACAGCAGCCUGUCUGAGCUGCGGCGCCUGGUGCCCACAGCCUUUGAGAAGCAGGGCUCCUCAAAGCUGGAGAAGGCCGAGGUCCUCCAGAUGACGGUUGAUCACUUGAAAAUGCUCCACGCCACAGGCGGGGCAGGAUUUUUCAACGCUCGAGCCUUGGCCGUGGACUUCCGGAGCAUCGGAUUUCGGGAAUGCCUCACCGAGGUCAUCAGAUACCUGGGGGUCCUCGAAGGGCCUAGCAGCCGCGCGGACCCCGUCCGGAUUCGCCUCCUCUCCCACCUCAACAGCUACGCAGCCGAGAUGGAGCCCUGCCCCACGCCCCCUGGGCCACUGGCUUUCCCCGCCUGGCCCUGGGCCUUCCUCCACGGCUGCCCUGGGCUCUCAGCCCCCAACAGCCAGCUUGCCCUCCUUGGCAGGAUGCCCGUUCCUGUGCCCCCCAGUCCCUCCUCACUCGCUUACCCGCUCCCGGCCCUCCGAGCCGCACCUGUGCGCAGAGCCGCUGGCGCUGCCCAGCCUGCCCGGAGGGCUUUGCUGCCCAGUCGAGGGGCAGCUUCUAUCCGGAGGGCCCGGGCCCUGGAAAGGCCAGCUGCCCCCUUGCCCACAGCUGCUGGUGGCAGGGCUGCCCAGAGCAGCCUCAUGGCACCCCUCCUCCGGUCCCCUUCCCCCGCACCCCCUGGGGUAGUGAGGUCCCCCACUUUUUCUGCUGUUCCUGCUCUUAGGGCCUCUUCCCCAGGGCUGGCAGCCAGGCCACCGGGCACAGGGCGCUGCCACUCCUGGAUCCCUGACAUCGCAGAAGUCGGGGCCUUCUGAGCUGGCACCCCCAAGUCCCGGCUUGACCCUGCCUCUCGGCCUGCUCCCUGCUCCGGCCCCGAGACGGGUCUUCUCACCCCACUAAGACCCCUCCCUGUCCGCUGG